UUCAAGGUUAAACCUUGUACUCACAAACACUCACAACAGCAGCUGCUUCUUCUUCUUCUCCAGGGUUUUAGAGGCCACCUCAUUUUCUUCUGUGUUUUGGCGUAAACCAGCAAAUAUGGUGCAAUAUAAUUUCAAGAAGAUCACAAGAGUACCUACGGGUAAGGAUUUUAUUGACAUAAUACUCAGCAGAACUCAGAGGCAAACACCUACUGUUGUACACAAGGGCUAUGCAAUCAAUCGCAUUCGUCAGUUUUAUAUGCGGAAAGUGAAGUUUACGCAGACAAACUUUCACGAAAAGCUCACCACCAUCAUCGAAGAGUUUCCUAGACUUGAUGAUAUCCAUCCUUUCUACGGUGAUCUUCUUCAUGUUCUAUAUAACAAAGAUCAUUACAAGCUUGCCCUUGGUCAAAUUAAUACUGCCAGGAAUCUUAUUGGAAAGAUUGCCAAAGAUUACGUGAAGUUGUUGAAGUAUGGUGACUCCCUUUAUAGGUGCAAGAUCUUGAAGGUCGCUGCUCUUGGUCGAAUGUGUACUGUCACUAAAAGGAUUGGACCCAGUUUGGCGUAUCUUGAACAAAUCAGGCAACACAUGGCAAGGCUGCCCUCUAUCGACCCUAACACCAGAACAAUACUGAUUUGUGGGUAUCCAAAUGUUGGAAAAAGUUCGUUCAUGAACAAGAUCACCCGUGCAGACGUUGAUGUCCAGCCGUAUGCUUUCACCACAAAGUCUUUAUUUGUUGGCCACACAGAUUAUCAGUACUUGAGGUAUCAAGUCAUUGAUACUCCGGGUAUUUUAGAUAGGCCAUUUGAAGAUCGUAAUAUUAUUGAGAUGUGUAGUAUUACAGCAUUAGCACAUUUGAGAGCAGCAGUUUUGUUCUUUUUGGAUAUUUCUGGUUCUUGUGGGUACACAAUUGCGCAACAAGCAGCUUUGUUUCACAGUAUCAAGUCUCUCUUUAUGAACAAACCACUGAUCAUAGUCUGUAACAAGACCGAUUUGCAGUCACUGGAAGGAAUAUCUGAGGAUGACAAGAAGUUGGUUGAGGAGAUGAAAUCAGAAGCUCUUAAGACUUUGAUUGGUCAAGGUGGAGAGGUUAGGGAAGGUGCUGAAGUGCUUUUGACAAUGAGCACCUUGACCGAAGAAGGUGUGAUGGCGGUUAAAAAUGCUGCUUGUGAUCGGUUACUGGAACAAAGGGUUGAAAUUAAAAUGAAGUCCAAGAAGAUUAAUGAUUGUUUGAACCGUUUUCAUGUUGCUCUUCCAAAGCCACGUGACCAAAAAGAAAGACCGAUAUGCAUCCCACAAGCUGUUCUUGAACUAAAAGCUAGAGAGGCGGCAAAAGAAAAGAAGAAGCUUGAAAGAGAUCUUGAAGAAGAAAAUGGAGGUGCAGGUGUAUAUUCUGCUAGCUUAAAGAAACACUAUCUUCUUGAACAUGAUGAAUGGAAGGAAGAUAACAUGCCUGAAAUUCUUGAUGGGCAUAACGUAUAUGAUUUUAUUGACCCUGAUAUUCAACAAAGGCUUGAAGAGUUGGAGAAAGAGGAAGGUAUGCUUCUUCAGGAGCAGGAAGAUGAGGAGGAAGAAAUGGAUAUUGAAGAACUGACCCCAAAACAGCAGGAAGAACUUGCUGAGAUCAGGAAAAAGAAAAGCUUACUCAUUCGUGAACAUAGGAUCAAGAAAAGCACUGCAGAGAGCCGUCCUACUGUACCCCGAAAGUUUGAUAAAGACAGAAGUUUCACUCCUACUAGAAUGGGCCGACAGCUGAAAUCUUUGGGACUUGACCCUUCUAAAGCAAUUGAACGUGUUCGAAGUCAGUCUAGGGGUCGGAAGAGGGACAGGUCAACUGAUCACGGUGGUGAUGGGAUGGAUGUUGAUAAUGAUGGUUCUAAUAAGAAGAUGAAAAGGUCAUUGUCCUUGUCAAGGUCUAGGUCACAGUCACGACCGCCGUCAAGUGAGUUGGUUCCUGGAGAAGGGUACAAAGAUUCUGCUAUGAAGUUGAAGGCUUUUAAAAUGGGUAGGAAUUCUGUUUUUAAAAGAAACAAAGAUGCUCGUAAGGGAGAAGGUGAUAGAGUCAUUCCUACUCUAAAACCAAAACAUUUGUACUCUGGCAAGCGUUCCAACGGGAAGACUCAAAGGCGUUGAUCCCAAAAAGUUUUAGUUUGAAGGAUACAGUGAACCACCUAGAAUGAUCGUGGCUGCUUGGGUCGUUUAUCUGCUUUCGAUUGCCUUUUCAGUUAGAGGAAUCUCCAUGUUUUGAUGCUUGUCUUUAGUUUCUAGUUAUGUUCUUAUUAAUGCAAUUUUGAACUUUCAACCAUUUUGUUACAGAGUUAUGAACUUGAAAUAUACAUAUAAAUGGUGUUGCAACAUUUUUGGAUUUUACAAUUCGAAUAAGUCAGUCUGCAAGAAUUGUAUGAAA